CCGGAACCAGAAGCGGAAGCGUCGGUAAAUGUGCUGGCGGUCAUGGUGGUCUUUGCGGAUGUGGCUGUGAACUUCAGCCCAGAAGAGUGGGCUUUGCUGGAUCAUUCAUUCUGAGAAGAAGCUCUACAGAGAUGUGAUGCUGGAGACCUUCAGGAGCCUGGCUUCCAUGGAAUGUUCCAUGCACAAAACCAGUAGAUCAUGUUCUCGGUGGAAUAUUUUGGGGACUGAAAUAUCCAGUGAAGACAACAUAGUAAGAUUCACAAGAAAUGAUUCCUGCUCUGUUUCUGGAGAACACUGGACAUUUCAUGACACUGGAGACCAGCACCAAACCCAGGGGAGGCGUUUGAGAAGUCACGUGCUGGAGGCUCCCUGUGAGAGGGGUGAAGCUCAUCCAUGUGGAGACACCCUGAACCCGGUCACAGAUCUUCCUGUGGGGGAGGGACACCCACCUGGAGUUAAACCCCACGAGUGUGCUAAGUGUGGAAAAGCCUGCUCAAGUCAGCCAAGGUCUCCCACUGGAUGUGAACCUCAUCCCUGUGAGGAACAUGGACAAGCCUGCACGUGCAUCUCGUGUCCAAGCCCUCACGUGGAACCAGAGCGUGUGCACAAACCCUGUCACUGUGGGGACACUGGGAGAGCGUCUGAGAGAUAUGUGAAGAGCCUCAGUAAUACAAACUCCAUUGAGUGUCAGAAAUGUGGAAAAACCUUCACUCACCACUCCUCCUUUUGGGGACACAUGAGAGGGCACUGUGGACAGAAAACUCAUGCUUGCAAAGUAUGUGGGAAAGCCUUUAGAUAUUAUUCCUGCCUUACAUGACAUGCGGGAACACACACUGGGGAGGAGCCCUGUGACUGUAAGUGUUGUGGAAAAGCUUUCAGCUGUAACUCCUACCUACGAGAACACGUGAGCACACACACUGGGGAGAAACCCUAUGAGUGUAAGAAGUGUGGGAAAGCCUUUGGUUGUCCCAAAUACUUCAGAAGACAUGUGAAAAUGCAUAGUGGAGUGAAACCCUAUGAAUGUCUGGAAUGUGGGGAAGCCUACAGUUGUUCCUCUUUCCUUUGAGAACAUGCGAGAACGCACAGUGAAGAGAAACCCUACGAAUGCCAGGUGUGUGGGAAAGCGUUUAGGCAGUCUCAAUAUUUUCAAAGACACAUGAGAAUGCGUAGUGGAGUGAAAGCAUAUAAAUGUGAAAAUUGUGGGAAAGCUUACAGUUGUUCCUCCUCCCUUCAAGAACAUGCGAGAACACAUGCUGGGGAGAGGCCCUUUGAAUGUGAGCACUGUGGGAAAGCCUUUGGUCAUCACUCCUCCCUCCGAGGCCAUGUGAGAAUGCACACCAGGAAGAAAUACAAGUGUACCCGGUGUGGAAAAGCCUUCCACUGGUCCUCAUCCUUACAAAAACACACAAGGAUGCACUAUGAAGAGAAACCCUGUGAGUGCCAGCAGUGUGGCAGAGCCUUCUGGUAUCCCACCAACCUGUGAGCUCAUGUGAGGACACACAGUGGGGUGAAAACCUGAACACAAGGGCUGUGGAAAGCCUUUGUUCUUCCUUAAAACCUUGUAAAUUCGAGCAAACACGCUAGAGAGGUGUUGCGCGUGGG